AAAUUGAAGCACCCCUUUAAUGUUUCUCAUUUGCAACUACAUUUGCAACUACAUUUAAUUUAAACCACUAUUUAAUUAUCCUGAAAUGUAGUAUUUUGCUUCACAGAAAAAUAUUGACGCAAGAAUAUUUGGGAAAAGGUCCAAAAGUCACCUACUGAAGCAUUCUUCAAACACCUUUUGGGUUAUUUGUUAGUGAAAUCAUAGGUAAAUGCAAAGGGUUCCCAAGUGCCUGCAGAAAGGGAAAACCAUAAAUUUUUGCUGACUAGUCCCUAAUACUGGACUGUCUUCAGUUGACAUGUUAUACUAACAGAUCCAUUUUUUUUUUCAGCCAACUGCAAGACCCCCUGGCAAUGAUUUUUCUUACAGAAGAAUGGAUGGUGGCCCUCACAUAAAUGGGGGAGUACCGCAAGAGGACUCAACACCAAUGCAUCUUACAAAUGGCUAUGCUGACAACAUGCUGACCAAUGGAGAUGAAGCAGUUGAGUUUUCCGUUAAUGUCAGGAUACUUGGAGAUGAAAAACGAUUUGGUUUUUCUGUCAUGGGGGGAGUGGAUGAAGGAUUUCCCCCACGAAUUGAUGAAAUUUCUAAAGACUCUCCUGCUGCCAAGACUGGCCUUCUGGUCAAUGAUGAAAUACUGGAAGUGAAUGGUGAACGUGUCACUAACCUUUCCCACACUGAAGUCAUUUUGAGUAUUCACAAAUGUUUACGAAACAGAGUUAUUGCUCUUAAAGUGAGAAGAGGAAGAAAAUUUUUGCAAGGGCUUAACAAUGGAACAGGCAACCAUAAUGGACUCAAUGGUGACUAUGCCGGACAGGUGGACACUAACACAAGAAAUAAACUGCAAAAAAUCAUGAAUGAACAUGAGAAUGAUCCUCAGUUCCAAUAUUACAAUUCAGAUGCGGAAUCUGAAGGAUCACACAACAGUCACGAGUUUUACGGAAACGGCGACAUUGGUGUUGUUUCUCCCACCAGCCCUGGAUGGAAUAAAGACAUUGGAAAUAAAAACUUUGGAAUAUCUGGGAAGAAUUUAGCACGAUCAAACUUGCAAAAGCACAAGUCAUUGUCUACUCCACUGUUUGACUUGACAAAGUUGGAUACUAUUGAAGCUGAUGUGGAUGUCGAUGAUGAUGAUGAUGAUGAUGAUGAUGAUGAUGAUGACGAUGAUACUUAUGCUCUUCAGAAUGAAGCUUACGAUACUGACAAUGAUGAAGAACAACCUGUGUUUUCAGGAGAAGCUGAGAAAGAAUUGCUGUUUCCCUACAUGAGUGAAGUAAAGUCAAAGCUUCGAAGUGGUUCUGAAAGGGAAGAUCUCUCAUUUGUCGAGAAUCUAUUUGAGCAGAAAGAUUUUCAAGAUGCCACUAAAGUUUACACAAAAAUGAUUGAACUGGAGAGAUCAGGAAGAGGACCGAGUGCUGUCAGACCUGUUGCAACAAAUUCACAACAUCUCUCCUCUCAGUUGAGACAUUCCCUUGAAGUGGCCAGAGACUCAAGGGACGCAGAAGAAUUGAUACAAAUAUUACAGUCGCCAAACUUUCAGGGUCUUUUGCUGGCACACGACAGACUGGCAUUUAGGGAGGCGUUACCCAGUGAUGAGGACGAGCAAGAGGCUGAAGCCGAAGAAACUCAUGGGCCACAGGAACCUCAACAAGUCACGGACGAGUAUUCGCUCGUGGAAGACGACAAUGUGAAAAUUGUGAGAAUAGACAAAGCAACUGAGCCACUGGGAGCUACUGUCAAAAAUGACAAUGGCACUGUGCUGAUUGGACGAAUCGUCAAGGGCGGGGCCGCAGAUAAGUGUGGUCUUCUUCAAGAAGGCGACGAAGUCCUUGAAAUUAAUGGAGUAAACAUGCGAGGAAAAACUGUAGCGGAAGUUUGUGAGCUGCUGGCGGACAUGAACGGGACGCUAACAUUUGUACUCAAUCCCGCCAAUCGAUCUCGCGUCCCGUCCGACAGAGAAGUACACGUGCGCGCGCACUUCGACUACCAUCCUUACGAGGAUGACUUGAUACCGUGCAGAGAACUAGGACUAGCAUUCAGACGAGGCGAUAUUCUUCAUGUUGUCAAACAAGAGGAUCCUAACUGGUGGCAGGCGUGGAGAGCAGGCGAGGAAGGAAGAACGUUAGCUGGACUUGUUCCAUCGAAACACUUCCAACAACAGAAAGAAUCCAUGAAGAAAACUACUGGAGAAACCGAACCGACCCACAAAGAAAGUAAGGAUUCCGUAGUUUUUUUUUGUUGUUGUUGUUUUUUGUGUUUUGUCAAAAUCUGUCNGAACGGACAUUUGAUGCAUUUUCAGAGUUUAAACAUCGUUUUCAUAUUUCUCCGGCGACCUACUUUGUAUUUUUCUUGUACAUCAGGACCUGACAGAGUUGGUCGGAAAGAGUUGAGGCAGAAACUGAUUCUCUUUUCACAAGAACGUUUCGCUGGAGUGAUACCUCACACCAGCCGGCCGAUGAGACCAGACGAGGUAAAUGAAAGAGACUAUACUUUUGUGUCGCUACCCACGUUUCAAGCAGACAUUGUGGGCCAUAAGUUCGUGGAACACGGGGAAUUAGAGGGUCACUUUUACGGUACAGCACUGGACUCCAUAAGAAAAGUGAUCAACUCUGGCAAAUACUGUAUUUUAAAUCUUCAUUGCGAGGCGCUGAAAAUCCUUAAAGCUUCUGAUGUGAAACCUUACGUGGUUUUUAUUUCGCCUCCAUCUUACGAUAGAAUUUUAACCCUUAGAAGAGGAAAAGUGGAUCCAUUUAAUCCGCAACCUAAUGCACAAAUGUCUGACGCAGAGUUACGCGAAAUGGUGGACAAAGCGAGAGAAGUGGAAGAAACUUACGGACAUUACUUCGAUAAAACAAUUGUGAAUACAGAUUUGGAAAGAACUUUUGACGAGUUGAGAUCAGCCAUCGAUAAACUUGAUACCGAGGCUCAGUGGGUACCAGCCUUCUGGGUAAAUGAAGGCCGUGGCGCCUUGUAGAGAAAGUCGAGACCUGGACAUCACCAAUAGGAUUAUUAUCUCUCUAUUCUGGAAGAGGGCCUAUAAUAUAGGACUGCAGAAAGAAGCGAGUUUUUUUUUUUAAUUCACACAGAAAAUCAGCAGAAGGUAUUUUUUCAAGAAGGAAGGUUCGAGGUAAGAGAGCUGAGGACUUGGAAUGGGCUAAAAUUAAACCAUUCAUUUAUGAAUAUCAGUUACCUACAAAAUAAUUUUUUAGUUGUACAAGCUGUUUAUUAAGAGAAAAUGUAACCGAAUAUGAACAGUAUUAGGGCUGAGUAAGGGUUCUAUUUUGAACAAGCAGUUUAAUUCCUUUAUAGAUCUUAUAUCGAACUAGAGUGAGGUCCGUAUUGGCAAAAUAUUGGUUGAAUUCUAUUUUUGUUAUCGAGCGAGGCCCAGGAACCCGUAACUUUCGUACGAGAAGAAGGCCAAUAUUUUCCUAAUGCAGGCCAAAAAGACCAGUUUUGUAAACUUUAUAACUGUUCUUUCUAAUUUACAAGUCACCUUUGCCGACUAUUCCCGGCAAACAUGGGCGAAAUAGUUAUUAAGCGCACGAGAUUAUUUUUCUUAGCCACUGUCCUCCUACGUUUACACUGCAAUAUGUUACCAAGGCAAAUCGGCAAAAAUUAAUCCAUUAGUUUUCCCGCUUGGCGGUCAGUAUUACGACAUAUCGGACCGGUCCGGGACCAAUCAGAUGACUCCUUUUCGUAAUGAGCCAGUUUGGCAUGUGAUAAAACGUUUUCAGUGACUUAAUCUUUAGUCAUUAAAACUGUUCAUUUAUCAUAACUUUUUAUACUCCAGUUUUUGCUUGCAAGUGAGUUCUGUACAAACAAGCAAUGUUUCUUCCAAAUCGAAUGAACAUUUUUGUUUAAAUUUGGAUUGUAUGAAAUUAGUAGUUAACUCAUAGUAUCCUUGUAUUAUUUUUGUUUUCAAAUGGCGCUCACCCGGGCUAAGCAAAAAGCAAUAUAGAAAACAACUCUCGGGCG